CCAGUCGUUUCUGUGGUAUCCUCUUUCGGUUGACAUUGAGACCUGCUAGUCAGCGGUCAAAACUCUCUUGAAAUUUUUCCCGCCAAAGUAAUCGCAUGCGCAAUUGCCUUCUUUGAUCCGAAUUUCCAAGAUGGCUGCCGCAAUGGACGACAGGAAUCGAUCAUUAAAACAGGCCCUCAUAGAUAGCCUGACAGCCAUUCUGUCGCCAGAUCAACAGUCUAGACAGAUGGCUGAAGAACAGCUCAAGGUUCUCGAGGUCACAGAAGAAUUUGGUGUCCAUUUAGCAGAACUCACAGUUGACAGAGAGGGAGCUCUUGCUAUCAGACAGCUUGCCUCAGUCAUUCUAAAGCAGUAUGUUGAAGCCCACUGGAAUAGCAGUGCUGAGAAAUUUAGACCUCCAGAGACUACAGAUGCUGCAUAUGCAAUCUCAGCCAUAGCAUAUUGGGAUUGGCCAGAAGCUUGGCCGCGUUUGUUUGGGAAUCUGAUGCAAGCAUUGACAAGUGGGGAUGGCAAUUUGGUUCAUGGAGCCAUGAGAGUUUUAACAGAGUUCUGCCGUGAGGUGACAGACACACAGAUGCCUCAUGUUGCGCCUGUGAUCCUGCCUGAAAUGUACAAGAUAUUCAUUCAUGCAGAGGUAUGUUGGUGGAAAUUGUGCACUAUCUGUUCAAAUCAUGAGGGGACGCAAGCGGCCUCAACUGGUAUUACCAAGGAUGUCCUCUUUCCUCUUCUUCCACAAUUCACCCAAGCAUUUGUUGAAGUUCUGGCAAUGUCUGAUAGUUCCACACUUGAAUGUGGCCUGAAGAUGGAAGUGCUAAAGGAGAAGUGUUGGGAUUUGAGAAUCUUGUUUUCAGUGUUUUUGAGUUUAUCUGUGGACUUACGGAAACACCAAAAUGCAAGAAAACUGUCAAGAAGUUUUUAGAUGAACUUGUUCAUUUCUUAGUGUUGUACAUGCAAAUCACAGAAGAGCAGGCAAGUGUGGACAUCCAAUCCAAAUCAAUUUGCUGAAGAUGAGGAUGAUGACACCUUUUCGUUUUCUGUUUGCAUUGCAGCUCAAGAUGUUCUCUUGGUGUUGCUGCUGACUUUGUAAAAUGAAAGUGCAGUCACAUUGACAAAAGCACUCAACAAACAUUUACAGGAAUCAAAUGAAAGAAAAAGCCAAGGAGAUGUUAAUUGAUUCUGUGCCCACCUUAAGAUGUCAAAUAAUACACAGAUCCUAACAACUUACCUUGUCAAGAUCAUGGAAGUGUUACUGACCUUGGCGACUCAAACAACAGAUGAUGGGCUAGCUCUCAUUCUUGAGUCUCUUAGAAUAGUCAUGUUGAUGAGAUGAUGGCUAAGGAUUGUUUUGUUGGAGCAAUUUUCAGUUGAGUUUUGAAAGUAAUUGGGAUUUGCAUUGUCCAUGCUUCACUGCCAUUUGUGAUUGGUCUCUAAAAUUUGUGGCACCCUCUCAAUCAGUCAGAUGUUAAUCUAAUAUAAGACACGACCUAGUCAAUUGCCUUUUUGCAGCCUAUGUUUUGCCAUAUUCCCACCCCCCCCCCCCACCC